AUUUUUACAAAGUCUUCAAGUAAAUGUUCUGAUAAAAUAAAUACGACUCUUAAAGAAACUAUUUCAGAAAAACACAUUGAUUUUUACAAAAAGGAGCAUUUUGUCAAUUGUGAGAAAUACAUUGGGUCGAUUUGGAAAGCUAAAUUUGAAAAGUUAAACUUAACAGUCGCUCUUAAAAGUCUGAGCAGUAGCAACAACAGUAACUUUGAUGUAACUUUAGUUGAAGAGCUUCAAACAUUAAAAAGGAUUAACGGUUUUCCUCAUAUUAUUAAUUUUUACGGAAUAGCUAAAGGUGAAAUAAUUUUACAACAAAUCGAUUAUUUAUCAGAUUCAAAUGACAUAAAACAAGACAUAUAUGAUCUUGGAAUCAUUCUUUCGGAAGUUUUCAGUGAUUCAUUGCCAUCUGAAUCAUUAGUUCAAUGUAUUGAACUUUAUAAAAAAUGCUUAAAUCAAACUCCAGAUCAACGUCCAACAAUCAAAACAGUUUAUGAAGAAUUGAUGCAAAUAGAAGAUGGUGGAUUUA